CCCAACUUCUUCAGUUCAGUUCAGAUGGACAAUCCGGAAAUACUUAUUCACAUCCAUUCAGCUUCCCAUAAUUACACCAAUACCUCUUAAACCCCCAGAAACCUAGAAAUCGCUUGACUCCAACCCCCUCAAGACUCAAACCAACGUUCUCUACCUCAAAUGAAGGUCUAAACUCUAAACUCCACCCCACCCAUUUCUCUACCACUCGUCCUCUCAUCUACUCCCACCCUCACAACAACCCACCCACCAUGCAUCCCUCUCGCCAAGCCUUCGUCGAAGAUGACCCCCCCUCCCCCCCCGGCCUUUCUCUAUCCGAAAUCCCCACCGACCGCGACUACAACAUCAGCACCGCCGGCGGCACCGUGCAAACCUCCGCGCUCCUCGAGCAAUUCAACCGCAAGCGCCUUGCCGCGCGGCUCGUAGUCCCGACCGAUGACAAGCGCGUGCGACUACGCCUGCGCGAGCUCGGGGAGCCGAUUACGCUGUUCGGCGAGGGGCUGGCAGAUCGGCGGGAGCGGCUAAGGGAGUUAUUGGUGGAGGCGGAGUUAGGGGAGGAGGGGGAUGUGGUGAUGGGGGAAGCGGGGGAUGGGUUAGUGGGGGAGGAGGCGCUGGAAGAAGAGGAGCAGGAGGAAGAGUUCUACACCGAGGGGAGCGAGGAGCUGCAGAAGGUGCGGCGGGAGAUCGCGCGAUAUUCGCUGCCGCGCGCGGCGCGGCGGGUGGGGUUUCAGAAGGUGGAGGCGGGGAUAGCGGUACGAACGCACGUGCGGCACCGGCGGGAGCUGAAGGAGAAGUUGGCGCGGUUCGAGCUGGUGGGGAGCCAGAUCGGCGGGGACCGGCCGAUCGCCGUGACGAAGUUCGCGCCAAACGAUCGGCUCAUUGCGAUUGGGAGCUGGGGCGGCAGCGUCAAGGUGCUCGACCGGGACACAUUGUCGGAAAAAAAAGUGCUGCGCGGCCAUACGGAUCGCAUCGGCGGCAUCGCGUGGAACCCGAACGUCCCCGACCCCGACCCGGACACCUCCCUUGACACUCUCACCCUCGCGUCCGGCGCUGGUGACGCGAACAUCCACCUCUGGUCCCUCGCGUCAGACACCCCCAUCGGCACGCUCUCCGGCCACUCCGCGCGCGUCUGCCGUGUGGAGUUCCACCCGUCCUCGCGCUUCCUCGCAUCCGCCAGCUACGACACCACCUGGCGGCUGUGGGACGUGACGACGACGCAAGAACUACAGCUGCAAGAAGGACAUUCACGAGAGGUGUACACAGUCGCGUUCAACAGCGACGGAUCCCUGCUCGCGAGCGGCGGGCUGGAUUCGAUCGGCCGCAUCUGGGAUCUCCGCACAGGGCGGACAGUUAUGUUGUUGGAUGGACAUAUCCAGCCGGUGUACGCGCUCGACUGGGCUGUGGACGCACACCGCGUGCUGAGCGGGAGCGCGGACGGAUUCGUGAAGUGCUGGGAUCUGCGGGCGGUGCGGGAGGUGGGGGCGAUCGGGGCACACACGGGGGGCGUGACAGAUCUAAAAGUGUUCAAGGGGACGGACGGGCCGGCGAGCGGGGUGCCGUUGACGAUGGGGGUGGGGGAGAAGGGGGGCGAGGAACCGCGGCCGAAGAAGGCGGGGUCGUUCUUCGUGAGUUGCGGUUUCGAUCGGAAUGUGAAGGUUUUUUCGGCGGAUGAUUGGGCGUUGGGGAGGACGUUGAGUGGACAUGCGGGGAAUGUGUUGGGGGUGGAUGUUAGUACGGAUGGGAGGUGGAUUACGAGCUGUGGGUAUGACCGGACGGUGAAGUUGUGGGAGAUGGAGGGGGUGGAGGAGUAUUGA